AAGAAGUUACUGUAAGAUUUGUAAAAGUCUCCUUGUAAUCCUAUGUUACACUUAAAAGUUGUGCUGAUCUGUAGAACUCCUGAGAGGUGAGUUUGUUAGGUGAGAAAUUUUAAGUGGUAGUUGUUUAGUCUGAAAUUCUGAGGAAUGUGGUUUUAAAAUUCUGCUUCCUCCUCCCAUGCAACACCUGGUUUGUCAUUUUCUAGCUGCUUAUAUUGGCCAGCUCGCUCGGUGGUGGUUUUUUGCUCUGCUAAAUUCUGUGAAAUUCUUUCAGGAUCCUUUUUAGACAUCCCUUUGUUUUACUUCCCCGAGGGCAGGUAAUAUAUCAGAGCCAGCUCUGUUUAACUAAUGUCUCACAGGUAGGGAGGGUGGAAAAAAAAAAAAAAAAACAGGGUAGGGAGACUGCGUCACAUUGGAGGAGUGGAGCAAGAAAAAUGAGCUUUCUUAAACAAAUCAUGUGCAGAGGGACAGGCUGCCAGGGCUCAGGCAAUUCUCUGCGGGAGCUCUGCUCUGUUACCUGCUGACCGCGAUGGAGGAAGAAGCUGGAGUGCUGAAGGAGGGCUUCCUCGUCAAACGGGGGCAUGUUGUUCGUAACUGGAAAGUGAGAUGGUUCGUUCUGCUUCAGGAUAAGCUGCUGUAUUACAAAAUUGAAGGAGGCAAGAAGGAGCCUUCUCCAAAGGGAAGGAUCCUUUUGGAUGGCUGCACUAUUACUUGUCCAUGCCUGGAAUAUGAGAACAGACCGCUACUCAUCAAACUAAAGACAAAAACCAAUACAGACUAUUUCCUUGAAUGUUGCUCCAGGGAGGAACGUGACUCCUGGGCUUUGGACAUCACUGGAGCUAUUCAUGCUGGUCAUCCAGUACAGGUACAAGAACUUCACAAAAUGAAGAACUCUUUCAAACUGCUAGAAAAUAUCAGCCUCCACAACAUAGUGGAGAGAAUGUAUGACAGCAGUACUGGAAUUAAGCUGACCCGCAACUUGGAUCAAGGAAACAGAUAUAAAGAGACCUUCACAGGUUCUGCCCUGGUGGACUGGCUCAUCUCCAACAGCUUUGCCGUGUCACGCUUCGAGGCCGUCACCUUGGCGUCCAUGCUGAUGGAUGAGAACUUCAUCAGGCCCGUGGGGGUGCGCAGCACCGAGGCCACGCGCUCCAGCGACCCCUCGGAGAAGUUCCUGGACGACUCCACCGCCCUGUACAUGUUUGCUGAGAGCAGUAAGAAAAAUACCAGUUCCAAGGAAGAGGUGCAUUUUAACAUUUCUGAAUUAAGUGGCACAAUUGUGAAGCAAGGAUUCUUAGUGAAACAGGGGCACAAGAGGAAAAACUGGAAGGUGAGAAAAUUUGUUUUGAGAGCUGAUCCUGCUUUUUUGCACUACUAUGAUCCCACCAAGGAAGAUAACAAACCAGUAGGUGGAUUCUCUCUUCGUGGGUGUCUUGUCUCAGCUCUGGAGGACAACGGAGUCCCAGCAGGAGUGAAGGGCAAUGUGCAAGGCAACCUUUUCAAAAUCAUCACCAAGAAUGACAUUCAUUAUUACAUCCAGGCCAGCUCCAAGGCAGAGCGAGUGCAGUGGAUUGAGGCAAUCAAACCACUGACAUGAGUAAUGUGGACUCCAUGCCAAAUGACAAACCACAUUUAUGACCCAGUUCCUGCUUUCAUUAUCUGUGAGUUUUGUUUUUCCCUUGAUAGUCUAUUUUCAUUAUCUGAAUUACCAUAACACCUACCAGUUCUUAGUGGACCAUGCAGACCAAAUCAUGUAGAUCCAGAAUAAUUCCCCCACCUUGAAUUUACUAUCUAACCAAGACCAAACCAGGUGGAUCCAGACAAAUGGGGCUUUACAAAGAAACGACGAGAUACUCCAAGAUGGAAGAUAAGGACCAAGUAUUCAGUCUGUGUCUGACACAUCCAGGUUGUGCUUUAUCUUAAAGCAGAAUUGUUUUGCUCCUUUCCCCUUUAUAAAGGGGCUCAUAAACUUAGUAAAGACUGAAACAUCUAAGUCAUGAAAGGUGCUGGUGUCUGAGGCUGCCUUUCUUGGUAUACCACACAAAUCUUGCUCUAAGCCACAACCCAGCUGCCAGGGUAAUAUGCAUUGCAAAACAUGCAAGGGGUCUGUCUGUCCAUCCAUCUGCUCUACUAUUUAGUUCUCCGUUAGACUGGAAAAGAACAAAGGGUCUUGCUCUCCACCAUAUAGGUUACUCUUAUGCUGGUAAUGUCCCACAUCAGAACAGGAUCCUGAGUAUUAAAUCAGACCAGUGGAACUUCCAGGUAAUUUCUGGUGCUGAAUAUAUUGAAAGAAAUCCCUCAGCCAUAAAACCAAGACUUUUUCUUCUGAUUAUUACUGUAAGUCCAUUUAUGUUCUGCACUGUUUGGACAGAGAACUAUAGUAGCAGUCCUCCCUAUUGCUGUUUCUAUCUUAAGUCAUUAUUUUUUCCAUUAUUUGCCUACUAAGCUUGUCUUUGACAUCAUUAAAUAUAAAAAAAAAUCCCAAACCAGUGCAUUUUAAUAUCCCAUGCUUUUUAGAGAUGUUAUUUUUCUCAAAGGGCAGUUUGAGUAUAUGAAAAAUUAUGGUUUCAUACACUGUGAUUUUAGAUUUAUAAAUAAACUGAGACACCAGAGGGUAAAAUGGAAUGUAGGAUAUUAUUCAAACACCUGAUCAGCCUGCUGAUACACUCUUUUCAUAAAAUUCCUUGUUUUAUCUGAGGACA